AUGGAACCAGAAGCUGAAGACCCAGACAACAAUGAUAACUUGGUCCCUUGGUCAGGUUCAGAUGGUUCUGGGGAACAGUGUGAUGAUGCCAGUGAUGAAGAGUACCCUUUAGACCCUCUACCUGCUGAAAUCCUGAAUUCUGAUCUCGAGUCCCCAGCAUGCCUUCAGUCACAAGACUGGGAAUCUGCAGGUGAGCAACAGUCCCUGCCUGAACUCUGCGGAAGUGAAGAGGAGGCUUCAUAUCAAGAAGAGGAUGACAUCUACCUUAGUGAAUCUGGAGAGUCCAUUACAGAGUCUCCUCAAAUUCAACCCUCACCAACAUCACUGUCCCCACACCCAGAGCGCCCCAACUUUGAGCCUCACGCCAGCCAGAUAUCACAGCCACAUUCGCAUUCUUCUUCGUCCUCUCUUGGCCGUGCAGCUGACAUGACCCUGGCCUUGACCCUGACCACAGAGCAGCCCCUGGGAGCCAGAGGUAGGCAGAGCCUAGGGACUGUGAACAGGAGGGUUGAAUCUUCAGAGGAAGGAGGGAGUAGUGAAGCACCUCCUGCUUCUCUCUUCUUUGGAAUUUCAGACAAGGCUGCUGAGCAGGCAGGGAAGUGGAACUCAGAGUCUGACACAGAUCUCUGCAGACCGGACAGGCAGAGGGCAAGGUCCACACGGCUCAGUCACAACGAGAGCCAAUCAGAAAGACACGUCAAGGAGACCAAGUCCAAAUGUAAGCGUAUCGCUCGGCUUCUAACGGAUGCACCCAACCCUCAAAAUAAGGGAGCCUUGUUGUUUAAAAAACGCCGCCAGAGGGUCAAGAAGUAUACACUUGUGAGUUACGGGACUGGGGAGAAAAAGCUUGACAGCGAAGACCAAAUAGAGGAGGAAACUGAAGUCAGAUCAGCUGGUUAUAACUUUGUGGCAACAAGUGAAUCUGAGUUAGAAGACGACUAUUCUGUUUAUCAGCACCAGCACAAUAUAAGUCUGAAUUGGGAAAGUGGUAGAGAAAUGGAAGCACUACAAGAAACAAAAGGAAAGGGUGUUAUGAUGUUUGCCCAACGCCGCAAACGUAUGGAUGAAAUAGUGUCAGAGCAUGAAGACCUGAGGAAUAAAGGAUUACCUGUGGAGAUAUUACGAGAACCCGAAUGUACAGAAGCACAGAAUGUUUAUGACAAUGAGGAAAUGUACGUACAUACUGAUCAGGCCACCUACAUGGAUGCAAAACGUAGGCAGCACGAAGAAUACCAAGAAAGUAUUCAACAGAUGAACCACCUAUCCAACGUGCCAAGACCGUUGGUGCCAAACAGAACUGCGAAGCCUUUCCUAGGAUUUCCCUCCAGCACAACUGCUCCUAUCAUGCCUGGCGGCGUUGUUCCAGUGAGAAAGAGACAAGAACCAAGAUUCAGAGUACCUGUGCCUAUUAACACUAGCCCGCAAGUUUGGUCCCCAACUGGAGAAAUCAUAGCCUCAAGAGAUGAGCGAAUAUCUGUGCCAGCAAUAAAGACCGGCAUCCUUCCAGAGUCUAAAAGGAAAGCCACUAAUAAAGAUCAUCACCUUCAAAACAAAGGGGAAAGGAGGUAUUUUAUUGAGUCAGAGGAAGACUGUUUUAGUCUAGGUGCUGAAGCUUGUAACUUCAUGCAACCAAGAACAAUAAAACUCAAGAAUCCCCCACCGGUUGCCCCAAAACCUACCAUCAACCCAGCCUGUCCACCUUGGAUGAGUAGGAGCCCCUCUUGUGAGCCCUAUAUUCAACCAAGAAGUCCACUUUCACAACCCGCUCACAGUCAUGUGGGGCCUCAUAGUCAGCAUUACUUACAGCAGCAAGAUUGGGCUCAAACUCAACAGAUGGUCAACCAUUGGGCACCAGAUCAACCUCGGGCAACACUUCAAACACCUGCCAAUGCCUGGGCUCCUGUCAACUCCUCUUCUCAGCUUCAUCUUCAGCCAACAACAAAUAGCUGGAGUCAGCAGCCAUCACGAACCCCAGUGAGUAUGCAGGCCUGCAGUCCUACUUACAGCCCACAUCAGCCACCCUCACCCUCAAGGAAUAAGUUAGACAGUACUCACAACUCAGUUGCCUCUUGCCCACCACAAGCAGGGAAGUCAAACGCCCAUGGAUCAAAAGCAUCACAGGCUUCACCAAAGGGUCGAGUCUCGGGCAGAGGUACUUCUCGGGCUGGCGAUGGUCCAACUAUGGCGGGAAAAGGUGCAGAGUUGUUUGCCAAAAGACAGUCCCGUAUGGAGAAGUUUGUUGUCGAUGCUGAAACGGUGCACGCUAACAAAAUAAGAUCCCUCUCCCCAGCCCCAUCACUCCCUAACUCCUGGAGAUAUUCUUCCAUCGUUCGUGCCCCACCUCCUUCAUCAUACAAUCCCCUUCUUGCUCCUUUCUAUCCUCCAUCAGCAGCCAAGCAACCCCCUUCCACAAGCCCCCAAAUCAAGCCUAAGACCAAAGAGAAACCUAAAGCAGCCCCAAAGCACCUCAACACCUUAGAUAUUAUGAAACAUCAGCCCUAUCAGUUGGACUCUUCACUAUUUAAGUAUGAGGCAGUAACUGAGGCCAAAAGCCCCAGCCCUAAACCAGGUCCAGCAUCAAAGUUUGAGGCCAUCAAAAGCUUUAAACAUAGAUCUGCCCCUUCUCAUUCUCCUUAUAACGCCUCUGAGCUUGUUGUUCAAAGCAAGGUAGAAGUUCCUGCUAAGUCUCCUGUAUCGGUAAGUUCCCAAAAUUCUUCUGCCCGCCAAAGCACAAGAUCUGUUGAGCCUCUUGCAACCGACAAGCGCUUGGCUAAAAAGCACACUGUCACCUAUACAGCCCAUCACAAAACUGACAAGCAAGCACCAAGUGCCCGACCUGCAAGCGCAUCCUCCCAGCAUUCAUCUAUUGGUGACAGCAUUGCUUCAGCUUUUUCUCCUGCAUCUCUUAUUGCUAGAGGCGCACGUCAAAUGGCACCUCGCCCAAAGUUUUCUGCAAAGAAGCCAGUGGUGACAGGCAAACAUUGGAGACCUGUUGCUGCGCUUUAUUAGCUCUAAUACUGUAUAUGGUCAUGCUUUGGUGUAGUCACCGUUGAGACGAUAGAACACAAUUACAUAUGCAACGCGGUAUCAUCUAAAAUGUCUUACUCAACAGGUGGACAUGUACAGACAGUCUAAAUGUAUGUCACGUCCAAAAUAAUUGACAGUAUCCAUCUAUAAGGAUAUAUUUAGCUGGUAAUGUGAGGAAAUAUGUUGAAUGUACAGGAAAGCUAGCUUAAUAUUGUAAAUCAAUAGAAUACAAACUAAAAUAAAUACACAAAUAAAUAAUUUAGUAUUACAUAUCUUCCUCGAACUCGGGAGGUGCAUGCGUGCUUGAAAAAGGAAAUGUGAGACUAGAUAAUGUUGAGUGAUUCUCAGGAAGUGCUAUCACAUGUGCAAUAAUGUGUGCAGAGAGCCUUGUUCAGCUGAUGUCUUUUUGAGUUUUUCUUUCUUUAGUUGUUUUUCUUUUGUAAGGAUUAAGAUUACGUGCACUUAUGUCUAGUAGUAGUCAUCACUGACCCCAAAAGCAGCCCAGUAAUAUCAUUUAUUAAUACAUUUGUUUUAAACAUCAGUUAAAAAUGACUUUUCAUGCCAUCUGAGAAAACAAUAACUCACGAUUAUAUUUACUGAAUAUGUUUGAUCAUUUAGCGUGCCUGGGGAGAAACUGUCAAUGCACUUCUCUUUUUGGAUGCAUGCAAUUUGCAAUUCCUUCAGUCUCAUUCCAAAACUUCAAUGGCAUCAGCUAAAAGCACUAGCUUUAGUUGUGAUUAUAAACCCUUAUGACUUUAAAUAUUUUUUUAUGUGGAUGUAUUUUCUGCAGUUGUCGGUUAUGGCCAGUUAUUUAACUGUCGGUAAAAUCAUCAGGCAUUCUGUAUCCUAAUCCUGUAAAACAUGAGAUAUCACAGAGAUUUGAGAUCUAGAGAUUUAUUCACAUUACCAUUAGCAACUCAAAAUGAAAAAAGGAAACAAUUGUCUUGUUUGUGUUUAUAUCUCUGUCUUUCAAACAUAUUUGCACUUCUUGUUCUCAGCACAACCAUGCUAUUAAAUUUCUCUUUCGCUCUACUUGUGAACUUCCUGUGUGUGUCAUGAGCUUCUUUUUCCUGAACUA